AUUCUAUCUCCUCCUUGUAACUUUUAUCACAUUAAUUACUCUGCACCAAUCAUCUCUCAUUUCUCUAAUUCUCAAUCUAUACAUAUACACACACAUAUUUUGUUUUUGUUUUUGUUUUUUUCAUUUGGAUUUUGUUGAUUGGUAUGGCGGAGAAAGAUAAAGAGUCGGAGUUUUUCUUGGAAGAUGAGGAAGAUGAUGAUGAGUCCGAAGACAACAAGAUCGAUGGUGGUGGUACUACAAGUUGUGAUGAAGAUGAUGCUCCCGGAUCUCCUUCUUCUCCUUUCUCUUCUCAUCAGUGGCCUCAGAGUUACAGGGAGACAACAGAUUCUUACACAAUAGCGGCAUCCCCGAUUUUUGGAGCCCUUCGACUUGCAUCUACUGUCAGAUAUUCAGGUGUUGAUUUUGGUAGUAAAAGUGAUUUGGAAUCCAGGACUUCUUUGCUGUCUGAGAAUGAAAAGAUUUUUCAAAAGGGAGACUUGGACAACAUCUCCAGAACACAUUCAUCAUGGUCAGAGAAGGCUUCAUUACAUGAGCAACUCACUGGAGAACUUCCCAUUCACCGUGGAUGUAGCUUCACACAAACUGUAUUCAAUGCGAUAAAUGUAAUGGCUGGAGUUGGGCUUUUGUCUACACCUCAUACAGUGAAGGAAGCUGGCUGGGCAAGCUUGGCAGUGCUAGUUCUCUUUGCAGUUCUCUGUUGUUUUACGGCUUCUCUUAUGAGACAUUGCUUUGAGAGCAAAGAAGGCAUCGUAAGCUACCCGGAUCUUGGAGAAGCUGCAUUUGGCAAAUAUGGACGCCUUUUUAUAUCGAUUGUUUUGUACACGGAGUUAUAUUCAUAUUGUGUGGAAUUUAUUAUUUUGGAAGGGGAUAAUCUCACCAGGCUAUUCCCUGGUGCAUCCUUGAACUGGGCUGGUUUGCAACUUGACUCUAUGCACUUCUUUGGAAUUUGCACUGCCUUAAUCGUUCUUCCAACUGUUUGGCUUCGGGAUCUCCGUGUUAUAUCUUACCUUUCAGCCGGAGGGGUCAUUGCAACAUUUGUGAUAAUUCUUUGUGUGAUUUUUCUUGGUACCGUGGAUGGAAUCGGAUUUCAUCAUACUGGUCCAGCAGUGAACUGGAGCCGCAUUCCUUUUGCCAUUGGUGUGUAUGGGUUUUGCUAUUCUGGGCAUUCUGUGUUCCCAAAUAUUUACCAAUCCAUGGCUGAUAAAAGACAAUUUACCAAGGCACUAACAGUAUGCUUUAUUUUAUGUGUUAUAAUAUAUGGGGGUGUUGCAACCAUGGGAUUUCUCAUGUUUGGUCAAGCCACACAAUCCCAAAUAACUUUGAAUAUGCCACCGGAUAGUAUUACCUCCAAAGUUGCAUUGUGGACAACAGUUAUCAACCCAUUCACUAAGUUUGCCCUGUUGAUGAACCCGUUGGCCAGAAGUAUCGAGGAACUGCUGCCUGCCAGAAUCUCUAGUACUUUCUGGUGUUUCAUUCUGCUGAGGACAGCACUUGUCAUUUCUUCUGUUAUUGUUGCAUUUCUCGUUCCUUUCUUCAGUCUUAUGAUGGCUUUAAUCGGUUCUCUUCUUAGUAUACUUGUGGCAGUAAUAAUGCCAGCUUUAUGUUUCCUGAGAAUUGUAAAGAAGGCGACAACCACCCAGAUUGUCUUGAGCAUCACAACAGUGGCACUGGGCAUUAUUUGUGCAGUCCUGGGAACAUACUCUUCACUGUCGGAAAUCGCAAAGCAAUAUUGAGAUAUAUCUAUUCAAAAUAUUUAGAACAUGUUCACAAAUUAAUUUGUUGGCUAUUUCAUUUCACCUUCAAUAUUGAUCUUCUAUUUAGGACAUCUUAGUUUUUUAGCGUUCUGAAGAAUUUGUGUAUUGAAUAUUUUUAAGAGAACGGGUUUUUGAAAGCUGAAAAAGGCUAAAACAGUGAAGGUGACCACCAGAGCUAUUUCAUUACUAGUGUUGCAUAUUUUUUAUACAGGAA